AUUGGAAAUCUGCGUGCCCAAGCACGAGGGUUUGCGCUGCGGCGGGUUUUCUUCCUGCGGCCGCAGCGUGUGACAAGCAGGCCCUCCCGCCACCGCGAGCUCGCGGCGGACCCGAACGACCGACCGAUCCGUCGUCGUCCUCAGUUCCUCAUCCAUCCGGGCAUCCGGGUUCCGCCGAGCGGAGGAAGGCGCCAUGAAAGCUGCGGAGGACGCCACGCGCUGCCCUGAGAUCCCCCGGCGGUGCCACCACUGCGCCGGGCCACUCUCCAAGGACAUGGAAACGAGCAGCUGGACAGUACCUCCGUUGGUUCGAGAUAGCUUCUCCAUGAUUGGUUCGGCUCUUGGGGGUAUAGCAGGAGCGUUUUAUGGUUUCAACCAUGUUAUGCCUGUUGUUCGACGCCACAUUAAGGGUCCGAUGUGGAUGCAUUUUUUUGUUGGUGCACCACCAGUUAUUGUGUUCUCUUCUGCAUGUGCUGGAUUAGCAGGUGGUACAAUACCAGCCACCGCACAGCUGGUUUCAUCAUCCUAUCAUGCUGUGUCAUCGCACUCCUUUGCCCGCUCUUCUUCACAUGUAGCAAAGCAUGCACCCUCCUUUGCCCCCUCUGCAUCUCAUGACGACAUGCACAAGAAAAGAAGCUCCUCACCAUUGUAAGUUAUUGGUGCAACAGUUCCUCUACAUAACUCGCCUGCCUUGAGAAACUAUCCUCCUAACUAUGCAAGACUCAUCCCAUCCUACUCUAUGAAACAUGACUUCUUUAUCACUCCUUGCCCUCUUUAACGAGGGAUGCUUUUGUACAUGGUAUUUUUUCCCCUCGUGGAUGGAUGCUAUAUGUGCCCUGUUUAUAAAUUUUGGAUAUAUCUUGAUGUAUAGCUAGCACUGGGCUAUGUUUUGUGGUCCAAUAAAAGUUGGUGCUGUGACCAGUGUACACUGAGCUGAGGUUCUUUUGAGAUAUUCUAGCGCUGGAAAGUAUUGUCACGCUCAAUGGUA